AUGGCAGCACAGAGUGUGACUCUGACAGGACCCCCUGCGAGUGACCCUUUCCCCCAAGAGUCUAAAGACGGGCAUCAGCAGUACCCUGUUCUUACCUGUGCUGUGAGGGUUCUCCAGAGUACACAGUGGCCUGAUGGUACUCCUCGUAUCGUGUCGUCCUUCAGUGAGCGCGUGGUCGCCCCUGGGGAGCCUUUCUCCCUGAUGUGUGGCGCCAAAGGAGCCCCACCCCCUUCCAUCACCUGGACGCUGGACGACGAGCCUGUGGUGCGAGACUCCGCCUACAAGACAAGCCAGUACACCCUAUCAGAUGGCCUGACCGUGUCACAUGUCAACGUAAGCAGCCCGGCCAUCCGCGACGGGGGAGUGUAUCGCUGCGCCCGCCGCACCGGCGGUUCUCCUAGGAUCAGGGAGAUGCGUGACAUCACGGCUGUAGCUGGAAGGAACACCUUUAUAACCUGUCGUGUGAUUGGUUACCCAUACUACUCUAUCAAGUGGUUUAAGGAUGGCAUGCUGCUGCCUGACAACCAUCGGCAGGUUGUGUAUGAGAAUGGAACCCUGAGGCUGAGUGAUGUGCAGAAGGGCAUGGACGAGGGUACCUACCUGUGUAGUGUGCUUAUACAGCCACAGACCUCCAUCGACCAGACUGUCCACGUCACUGUGAAAGUGCCGCCCCUGAUCCAGCCCUUUGACAUCCCUUCCACGUCGGUGGGAAAGCUGAUGUACAUCGCCUGCGUGGUGUCGUCAGGUGACAUGCCCAUCCGCAUCACCUGGCACAAAGAUGGGCAGCUUAUCGUACCUGGCUCCGCCUCCGGCGUUGGCAUAGAGACCAAGGAGUUCAUGAGCUCCCUGCAGAUCUCCAAGGUGACCCUGAAGCACAACGGCAACUACACCUGCAUUGCUAGCAACGCCGCGGCAACCGUCAGCUGGGAGAGACAACUGAUCGUCACCGUUCCCCCUCGCUUUGUGGUACAGCCUAACAACCAGGAUGGGAUCUAUGGGAAGGCAGGAGUACUCAACUGCUCUGUGGAGGGAUACCCUCCUCCCAAAGUCAUGUGGAAACACGCCAAAGGUAUAGGGAACCCCCAGCAGUACCACCCUGUGCCUCUGACUGGUCGGAUCCAGAUCAUGGGGAACGGCUCCCUGCUGAUCCGUCAUGUCCUGGAGGAUGACCGGGGAUACUACCUCUGUCAGGCCUCCAACGGAGUGGGCUCUGACAUCAGCAAGAGCAUGGUUCUUACUGUCAAGAUUCCAGCCAUGAUCACGUCACACCCCAACACCACCAUGGCCAUCAAGGGCCAGGUGAAGGAGCUGAACUGCACAGCGCGGGGCGAGCAGCCCAUCAUCAUCCGCUGGGAGAGGGGCGACACCGUCAUCGACGCCGAGAGGAACCCCCGCUACUCCAUCACCAUCAACAAGAAAGGGGACGAGGUCAUCUCCACGCUCAAGCUGAAGCCAGCGGAGCGCGGGGACUCAGUCUUCUUCUCCUGCCACGCCAUCAACUCAUACGGAGAGGGGCGAGGACUCAUACAGCUUACCGUGCAAGAGCCUCCUGACCCUCCGGAGUUGGAGGUGAGAGAGGUAAAGGACCGCAGUAUGAACCUGCGCUGGAUCCAGAGGUUCGACGGCAACAGCAUCAUCACCAGCUACGACAUCGAGUAUAAGAACAAGUCUGAUACUUGGGAUCACAAGUACACCACCAGGAACAUCUCCCCCACUAACAACCAGGCUAACAUCGUGGAGCUGCACCCUGCCUGUGUCUACAGCAUCCGCAUGUACUCCUUCAACAAGAUCGGACGCAGCCAGCCUAGCAAGGAGCUCACCAUCAGCACUGAGGAAGCACAACCUGAUGGGCCCCCUAUGGACGUGAUCCUCCAGCCAAUGACGUCGCAGAGCAUACGGGUCACAUGGAGGGCCCCCAGGAAGGAGCUUCAGAACGGGGUGAUCCGGGGCUACCAGAUUGGUUACCGUGAGAACGGGCCGGGCAGUAACGGCCAGUACAGCAUUGUGGAGAUGAAGGCCACAGGGGACAGCGAGGUGUACACUCUGGACAACCUGAAGAAGUUUGCCCAGUAUGGAGUGGUGGUCCAGGCCUUCAACAGGGCUGGUACUGGCCCCUCUAGCACUGAGAUCAACGCUACCACACUGGAGGAUGUGCCCAGCCAGCCACCCCAGAACGUGCGGGCCAUCUCGGUGACGUCAGACGAGGCGGUGAUCACAUGGGCGGAGCCCCCGCGUCUGACGCUGCAUGGCGUGCUGAAGGGCUACCGCGUAGUGUUCUGGUCCCUCUUCCCUGACGGAGGUGGGUGCUGUGGGGGCCAGGCACAGGGGCCGAUGCAGAAAUGGGGAGAGAUGCAGAACAUCACUACAACUCGUGAGCAGGUGGAGCUGAGAGGGCUGGAGAAGUUCACAAACUACAGUGUCCAGGUGCUGGCCUACACCCAGGCUGGGGACGGGGUCAGGAGCAAUGUCCUGUACAUCCAAACCCGCGAGGACC